AUGGCGCCGCCCAGCAGCCUCGGCAAACGCGUAAAGGGUACACAGAUCAAACGACCCUUCAUUUACGGCACGACUGCCCGUCCUUUCGAUCCCGAAACCAACCCCAAGCCGGAAGGCGUACCGGCAGACCACACCCAUUCAUGGGAGGUCUUUGUCAAGGCCAUUGACGAUAUCGACAUCACAUACUGGAUUCGGAGAGUGCAGUUCAAGCUACACGAGUCCAUUCCUAACCACGUCCGCAUGAUCGACGGCGAGCCGGGCAAGCCGUUCCUUAUCCAAGAGACUGGAUGGGGAGAGUUUGAAAUCACCAUCAAGAUAUACUACGCGACCGAAUCAGGAGAGAAACCUCAAACGUUGUACCACAACCUGCGUCUCCACCCGUACGGACGAACCGACGCCGAGAAGGAGCAGAUGCUGCGACAGAACGACGGCGAGAUCCGCGCUUGGGCCUACGACGAACAGCUUUUCAACGAGCCGUACGAAGCCUUUUACGAAGUGCUCACCUCUGGUGCUCACCCCAAGGGCCACCCCGUGGGCAAAGGAGGCAAAGGCAAGAACAAACCGAUCCCGGCCUUGCCAGAGAAGACUUCAAACGUCCAGGUGGCGUGGGAGCGCAGCGCACUGCUGCCCGCAGUCAACAAGCCUGGUCAGCCGUUCAGUCUCGAGACGGAGCAAAUUGAGGUGAAGAAGCUCAAGGAGGCCGAAACAACGGCCAAGGGCAUGGCCAAGCAACAGCUGGAGAUUCUCAAGGAGAAGGAGGCCCAGCUGGCUGCGCUAAAAGCAGAGAACGCUGCUGCUGCUACGGCCGGUUAG